CUUAAAAUGAAUACGGCGGCCUUCCUGAUCUGCUACAUGAGUUCGAGCUUCCCCACCAUAAUCGGGACAGUGGGGUUAGGCUUGAAUAGGACGGACACCUGGACAGCCAGGUGUCGGACAUCGGUAACAGUUACACGACGGAUUUACCGGGGAGGUGUGGUAACUACUAUCUGCCAGGGUAAGCGAUCAGGCCAGGGGGGGUGAUGGAUCGAUGGGUUCAGGUUGGGUUUAAAGCCCACAAGCCCACAGGAAGCAACGCGCAGCCAGCCUGCAC